AGAUUGGUGGUGCAAUUUACAGCUCUCACCAGUUGUUUCAAGCUUUCUGCAGGCUCAGGCAAACAUCACUACGUUAGUUAUGCAUGGGUUGUUUUUUCAUGCUUUUCUUAACUGUGAACAUUAGAUAUAUGUUUUUCUUAAAUGAAAGCUAAGAUUCUGACCUCAUCACCAGACUUCAGGAGUUGGGGCUCUAGGAAUUGUGGUACUUGGAUUAAACAGAUCUCGUGCCAAAAAUGCACUUAAUAAAAAUCUUAUAAAAAUGAUGUCAAAAGCUGUGGAUGCUCUGAAAUCUGAUAAGAAAGUACGAACUGUUAUAUUCCGAAGUGAAGUCCCUGGGAUAUUCUGUGCUGGUGCUGACCUUCAGGAAAGAGCCAAAAUGCACUCCAGUGAAGUUAGUUCUUUUGUCUCAAAAGCAAGAGCAACUAUUAAUGAAAUGGCUAAUCUUCCAGUACCAACAAUUGCUGCGAUAGAUGGGACGGCAUUAGGUGGUGGCCUAGAACUGGCAUUAGCCUGUGACAUAAGAGUGGCAGCCUCUUCUGCUAAAAUGGGUCUAGUUGAAACAAAGCUGGCAAUCAUUCCGGGUGCAGGUGGGACACAGAGGUUACCUCGUACGAUUGGUGUAUCGCUAGCAAAAGAACUCAUCUUCUCUGCACGUAUUGUAGAUGGCGAAGAAGCAAAAUCAAUAGGAUUGAUCAGUCAUGUGGUGGAACAGAAUGAAUCAGGGGAUGCAGCCUAUAGAAGAGCUUUAGCCCUAGCACAAGAAUUUUUACCUCAGGGACCUCUAGCAAUAAGAGUCGCAAAAUUGGCCAUCAAUCAAGGGAUGGAGGUGGAUUUAGUAACAGGCUUAGCAAUUGAAGAAGCCUGUUAUGCUCAGACUAUUCCAACAAAAGACAGAAUUGAAGGUCUUCUUGCUUUUAAAGAAAAGAGGCCCCCUCGCUACAAGGGAGAAUAGGAGAAACUGAUGCCUUGAAAAUACAAAUGAGAUAAACAUGGCUGGAAGGACCUUUCAGCUGCACUUUGCCUCAGCGCAUGGAGUAUCACAACCACCAAAGUAAAAGCAAACUCUACCUACAUUACAACAUCUGGAAUGUGUCCAGACAUGUGCCUGGCCCAAGAAUAUGUAUCAAGUCAUACUCAGCAUGGUUUAUGAAGGUUGCUCUGUAUAUUUGCAAGGUCACAGGUUCAUAAGCAUUUCUUUUAUUUCAUAUGUAUGAAACUAACCAUACCACAAUUUAAAAAAAAAAAAAAAGUAAAUUCUUUUAAUAGACAAAGCCUAUAAAGUAAUAUGGAAUGUUUGUCUGUUGUUCCAUUUUAUCAAAAUAAGUGAUUUCUAUGCACCAAAAAUGUGAAAUUAUACCAAAUAUGAUUUCUAAAUGAUUCACUAUCUAUUCUAGCUGAAUAUGUAAAUUAUUAAUAAAGUUAGUGGAAAUCAGAAGAAUGAUUGUUUGGAAGAUUAUAAACUUUAUUUACUUGUCUCAUACUGUAAUAAGUAAGAUUAACUUCAUUUUGAGACUACUGUACAGUGGUGUUCUGUAUUACUCUAUGUUCAUGUUCAGCCUCACAAGGCUAUAUGGUAAACCUUGCCUCUCAUCCCAGAUUCCUCCAAAACAUCAUCUCACUAACACUAUCUACGAGGGAGUAACUUUUAAUUCACUUGCCCCAUUUCUUUUUGUUUUUUAUUUCCAGGCUGUAUUAAACUUUUUAUUGCGGAGCUGUGGUUGAACACAUUCUUAAAGCUAGAAAGUUUCCUUAUGCCCCAAAAUACUGGAUCUUGUGUGUGACCAUUUUUCAGGUUCUAAUAAUACUGUAUUUAUAUACAGCUGCUCUGAAUUGAAAUGCUCUUUUCCUUUGUUGGAACAUAAACCUCUGGGCUUUGAAGUGAAGAAACUACUGUACUAUGUGUGUGGAGGUGCCAUGGAAAGUGGCCUCUUUAAAAUAUUCUAUCAACUUACUGGUAAGUAAAUGUGGCUUAGCAAUCAGAUGUUAACUUAUUUAUAUGGAAACAACCUCCUUCAUGUUUGAUUUGCAUUGUCUUUAUGAAACUUCUGCAUGCACUGCUGUUUCUGCAACAUUAGCUAUGGUCACUCUCCAGAACUAUGGUGAUAUAGCAGCUGAUCAACAUGAAAUGACAAGAACUCAUUAAAAUUCAUAUUUAGCCAUA